AGAAACUCCUUAUAUAAAUUUUGCGGAGCUGAAGAGUUGUAGUGGUGACGCAAUCCCUGAUUCCCUAAUUUUCUUCCCUCGGACGAUCGUAUCGGCUCGGUCUUCCACCGCCGAUCUUUAACACCGCCGCCUCCAUAUCGCUGAUUUCUUGUCUGUUCUACUAGGCUACUGACGUUGCCGUUGCAGGUUCCUCGUGCUUCAUCUGAAUCCUUUGAAAUGGAGACCAUCUUCAUGGGAGAGAAUGAAGUGGCUUGUACUCCUUUUGACUGAGAGAAGGCAGUGCUGCAUUUGGUAAAAUGAGUGGAAGUGGCAGAAGACGCAGUUCUAAGUGGGAUUUGAAAGAAGAAUCCCGUAUCCCAUUUGAUAAUGUAAAUGAAAAUGCAUGGUCUGGGAAAGCAGGCUUAUCUUUUCAUGACAAAGAAUCACAGCAUGACUGGCUGUCUCCUGAAGGAGCAAGUAGUACUCGUGCCAAAUGGCCUGUUCUGGAACCUUUGUCUGGAAGAAGAGGCUCACAUAGGGAUGAUAGCAUUGAUGAGGAGCGUAACAGAAGUUUAAAAGCAAUGGCCACAUGGGAUGGAGAUGAGAGUUAUGGGACAAGAAUGUCUCCUGGUCUUGAUGAAUGGAGGCAGCAAAACCGUAACUCUCCUAAAAGUGAAUGGAAAAGAUCAAGAAGAAGUAGGAGCCGGAGCGAGAGCCGGAGCAGGAGUAGAAGUCCAGUCCGUGGCUUUGGGCGAGAAUCAGGAUUGUACGAGAGAAGUAGAAGCAGAUCAGGUGUAUCAGCUCAAUUAUGUAAAGAUUUUGCUGUUGGGAGAUGCAGGAGAGGUAGUCACUGUCAAUUUCUUCACCAAGGUAAUCAGAGUUAUGUGGAUGGCUGGGAAAGACACAGGAGAACUGUAACUUCAAAAUAUCCCACUCCCCAUGAUUCCAGGGACUACCCCUCAGUGAGUGGAAGAUCUGUUGAUUGUUGUAAUGAUUUUCUUAAAGGCAACUGUAGGAGGGGUGCAUCCUGCAGGUUUUCCCAUCAUGUUACCUCAAAUGUGACUGUUAAGGAGUCUUCUAAUGAUGUAACUAGGGACAAAAAUAGUGACAGAAGGCAUAGAGAUGCAUCUCCGGAGAAACGCAGUGACCGUGAAACCUACAGAGCAUCUGAUGUUCCUUGCAAAUUUUUUGCUGCGGGUAAUUGUCGGAAUGGAAAAUAUUGCAGGUUUUCACAUCAGGAUUUGGCCCAUGUAAGUCCUGAUAGGUCACGGGAUGGUAGGCGUUCACUUGACCAAAACACUGAUGAUGUGGCGAAAUUGUGGAAUGGUCCAAAAUGGGGCGCUACAAGUGCUUUAGAUGCUGGAAAGUUGAGUGGGGAUAAAAAUGUGACAAUUGGUACCCCUGAUCAAAGGGGCACUGCACGUGCUGUUGGUGACAAAUGGGGUCAUUGUUUGGAGGAAGAUAAGACACUUGGCAAUGCACCAAUUGAUCAUAAAAUGGUCAAGAGUGAAACAGAUCUUACAUGGAAUACAGAAAAUGCUAGUGACAACGUGGUUGCUUCUGAACAAAGGCCAGGUGGUGAGAAUUGGCUUGGAGAUAUGGACAUGUCUCCUGAGUGGAAUUAUAAAUUUCGACAUUCUAACCAUUUUGAUAAGCUUGCUUCUUUAACCAGUUGCAAUCCCAGUAUAACUCGAGAAGUUUCAGAUCAUGCACAUGAUGUCACUGCAGUUGUGCCAUCAUUGACAAAUGAAUCAUCUGCCAAACCUCAGGACUACAAGUUAAAGGAUGUUGGUGCAAAUGCUGUGCCUCACGAUGAUAACAGUGUGACUGGAAAAACUGCCAGUUCUCAUAGUAGUAUUUCUGCCAAUAUUAUGUCUGCGCAAAGCUUAGAUCAGAAUGGCAUGAAUUCAAAUGCUUUACAUCUUUCAGGCUUAAAUGUUAUUGGACAAGGUCAAGUAACAAUCCCAACUUCAGGAGGAGGUAAUGUGAAUCCUCAAGAUCAGAUGCUGCUUCAGGAGGGAAAGACAAUCAACAAGCCAGAUAAUGAUGGGGAUGCAAAUGCAUCACAAAUGAAUUCUGGAGUUUCUAUGACUCAGAAACUGGUAAGCAACAGUGAACAGCUUACUCAGCUUACCAACAUCUCGGCCUCUCUAGCUCACUUACUUGCAAAUGGAAAGCAGCUGCCCCAUCUUUUUGCUGUUCAUAAUUCCAAUGCCCAUAAUUACACAGAAACAUCUUCCAUUGUGAACACUGAGGAGCUUGUUAAACCAGAUUCUGCAGUGACUACAGAAUCAAAUCAAAAUGUAGGGCUGAGGAAGCAGUAUGAUCCUAUAUGUGACAGCCUUGAUGCUGAGAAGAAUGUUGUCAAUUAUAAUGCACCAGGUUUUUCACAAAACUUUGUUAUAGAGAAAAAGGUUGUGGAUGGGAAACCAGAAAUGUCAUCCAAAAGUUUGUCUCCAUCUGUUGCUGGUGCACCAAAGGCUGGUGAUUAUAAUAAGUUCCACAGUUUGCAAGAACCUGAUGGCAAGAGUUACCAGGUAAAUGAGAUGGAACCAGGUGCAAACUCCAUAGUUACCAAGGAAAACAAUGGGGUGGUAACUGAGGAAAGCAGGAAAGUAGAGGAGGACAAGACUGCACAAGAAAAUGAUGUCUUGGAGAACAUUGAUGGAGAUGGAAAGACUGAUGAGGGCAAACAAAGCAAGGAUGUCAAGGGGAUUCGUGCAUUUAAGUUUGCACUUGUGGAGUUCGUUAAGGAGCUUCUGAAGCCCAAAUGGAAGGAAGGUCAAAUGACCAAGGAUGCUUACAAAAACGUUGUAAAGAAAGUAGUUGACAAAGUUACCGGUUCAAUGCAGGGGGGAACUAUUCCUCAAACACAAGAAAGAAUUCAACAAUAUCUUUCAUUUUCAAAGCCAAAGCUGACCAAACUUGUACAGGCUUAUGUGGAGAAAUUUCAGAAGGAUAAAUGAAAAAAGGAACAUCCUGUGUUUUCUAUUCAUUUAUUUUACUGUGUUAUAUAGCAAACCCACAAUAUUUCUUGUUAAUUUAUUAAGAUAAUGCAGUGUCUAGAGCGACAUUUGUCCUGUUUUGUAUCUUAGUAGUUAGAAUCAAAGAUUGGCUAACCUUUCAGCUUCUACCUGCUGAUUUGUCAUACCUUAUCGUUUGGAAGUAUAUGUCGUCACUUCUCUAUGUGUGGGUAUUUAUGCUGGCAAAUUUAUGGCAGUGACCUUUUUCUGAUGUCA